AUGAUCAGGCCCAAGUGCUCAGGCCGCAGUGCUCAGACACCAGUGCUCAGGCACCAGUGCUCAGGCCCCAGUGCUCAGACCCCAGUGCUAAGGCCCCAGUGCUCAUGCCACAAUACUCAGACCCCAGUGCUCAGGCCCCAGUGCUCAGUCCCCAGUGCUCAAGCACCAUCAGUGUUCCGGCUCCAGUGCUCAGACCCCAGUGAUCAGAACCAAGCCCCAGUUCUUAGGCCGCAGUGCUCAGACCCCAGUGCUCAGGCCCCAGUGCUCAGACCCCAGUGUUCAGGCCCCGGUGCACAGAACCCAGUGCUCAGGCCCCAAUGCUCAGGCCCCAGUGCUCAGGCACCAGUUCUCAGACCCCAUUGCUCAGACCCCAGUUCUCAGGCACCAGUGCUCAGUCCCCAGAGCUCAGACCCUAAUGCUCAGGCCCCAAUGCUCAGGCACCAGUGCUCAGACUCCAGUGCUCAGGCCCCAGUGCUCAGGCCCCAGUCCGCAGAGCCCAGUGCUCACGCCCAUUGCUCAGGCCCCAGUGCUCAGACCCCAGUGCUCAGGCACCAGUGCUCUGGUCCCAGUGCUCAGGCACCAGUGCUCAGGCCCCAGUGCUCAGACUCCAGUGCUCAGGGCACCAGUGCUCAGGCCCAAGCGCUCAGGCCCCAGUGCUCAGGCCCCUGUGCUGUGACCCUAGUGCUCAGACCCCAGUGCUCAGGCACCAGUGCUAAGGCUCCAGUGCUCAGUCCCCAGUGUUCAGGCCCCAGUUCUCGGGCCGCAGUGCUCAGACCCCAGUGCUCAGGCCACAGUGCUCAGACCCCAAUUCUCAGGCCCCAGUGCUCAGACCCCAGUGCUCAGACCCCCAGUGCUCAGGUGCCAGUGCUCAGGUGCCAGUGCUCAGGCCCAAGUGCUUUGGCCCCAGUGCUCAGACCCCAGUGUUCAGGCACCAGUGCUCAGGCCCCAGUGCUCAGACCCCAGUCCUCAGCCACCAGUGAUCAGGCCCCAGUGCUCAGGAACUACUGCUCAGACCCCAGUUCUCAGUCACUAGUGCUCAGGCCCCAGUGCUCAGUCUCCAGUGCUCAGAACCCAAUGCUCAGGCCCCAUUGCUCAGACCCCCAGUGCUCAGACCCCCAGUGCCUCAAGCCCCAGUGUCAAGACACCAUUGCUCAGCCCCCAGUGCUCAAGUGCCCCAAGUGCCCCAGGCUCAGACCCAAUACUCAGUCCUCAAUGUGCUCAGACCCCAUUGCUCAGGCCCCAGUGCUCAGACCCCAGUGCUCAGGCACCAGUGCUAAGGCUCCAGUGCUCAGUCCCCAGUAUUCAGGCCCCAGUUCUCGGGCCGCAGUGCUCAGACCCCAGUGCUCAGGCCACAGUGCUCAGACCCCAAUUCUCAGGCCCCAGUGCUCAGACCCCAGUGCUCAGGCACCAGUGCUAAGGCUCCAGUGCUCAGUCCCCAGUAUUCAGGCCCCAGUUCUCGGGCCGCAGUGCUCAGACCCCAGUGCUCAGGCCACAGUGCUCAGACCCCAGUGCUCAGACCCCAGUGCUCAGACCCCCAGUGCUCAGGUGCCAGUGCUCAGGUGCCAGUGCUCAGGCCCAAGUGCUUUGGCCCCAGUGCUCAGACCCCAGUGUUCAGGCACCAGUGCUCAGGCCCCAGUGCUCAGACCCCAGUCCUCAGCCACCAGUGAUCAGGCCCCAGUGCUCAGGAACUACUGCUCAGACCCCAGUUCUCAGUCACUAGUGCUCAGGCCCCAGUGCUCAGUCUCCAGUGCUCAGACCCCAAUGCUCAGGCCCCAUUGUUCAGACCCCAGUGCUCAGACCCCCAGUGCUCAAGCCCCAGUGUCAAGACCCCAUUGCUCAGCCCCCAGUGCUCAGUCCCAAGUGCUCAGACCCCAAUACUCAGUCCUCAAUGGCACCAGUGCUCAGACCCCAGUGCUCAGGCCACAGUGCUCAGACCCCAUUGCUCAGGCCCCAGUGCUCAGACCCCAGUGCUCAGGCACCAGUGCUAAGGCUCCAGUGCUCAGUCCCCAGUAUUCAGGCCCCAGUUCUCGGGCCGCAGUGCUCAGACCCCAGUGCUCAGGCCACAGUGCUCAGACCCCAAUUCUCAGGCCCCAGUGCUCAGACCCCAGUGCUCAGGCACCAGUGCUAAGGCUCCAGUGCUCAGUCCCCAGUAUUCAGGCCCCAGUUCUCGGGCCGCAGUGCUCAGACCCCAGUGCUCAGGCCACAGUGCUCAGACCCCAAUUCUCAGGCCCCAGUGCUCAGACCCCAGUGCUCAGACCCCCAGUGCUCAGACCCCAGUGCUCAGACCCCCAAUGCUCAAGCCCCAGUGUCAAGACCCCAUUGCUCAGCCCCCAGUGCUCAGUCCCAAGUGCUCAGACCCCAAUACUCAGUCCUCAAUGGUCAGGCAUCAGUGCUCAGACCCCAGUGCUCAAGACCCAUUCCUCAGACCCCAGUGCUCAGAACAUAGAGCUCAGGCCACAGUGCUCAGACCCCAGCACCAGUGCUCAGACCCCAGUGCUCAGGACACAGUGCUCAGACCCCAUUGCUCAGGCCCCAGUGCUCAUGCCCCAGUGCUCAGACCCCAGUGCUCAGGCAGUAGUGCUCAGACCCCAGUGCUCCGGCCCCAAUGAUCAGGCCCUAGUGCUCAGACCCCAGUGCUCAGACCCUAGUGCUCAGGCCCCAGUGCUCAGGCCCCAGUGCUCAGUCUCCAGGGCUCAAGCACCAUUGUUCAGGCCCCAGUGCUCAGGUCCCAGUGCUCAAACACCAGUGCUCAGGCCCGAGUGCUCAGUCCCCAGUGCUCAGGCCACAGUGCUCAGGCCGCAGUGCUCAGACCCCAGUGCUGAGGCCCCAGUGCUCAAGCACCAGUGCUCAGGCCCCAGUGCCCAGACCCCAGUGCUCAGACCCCAGUGCUCAGGCCCCAGUGUUCAGGCACCAGUGCUCAGCCCCCAGUUCUCAGACCCCAGUGUUCAGGCACCAUGCUCAGGCCCCUGUGCUGAGACCUCAGUGCUCAAACCCCAGUGCUCAGGCACCAGUGCUCAGGCUCCAGUGCUGAGUCCCAAGUGUUCAGGCACCAGGUCUCAGGCCGCAAUGCUCAGACCCCAUUGCUCAGACCCCAGUGCUCAGGCACCAGUGCCUCAGACACCCAUUGCUCAAGCCAGUGUGCUCAGACCCACAUGCUCAGACACCCCAAUGCUCAGGCCCCAGUGCUCUCAACCCU